CAAAAUAGAUAAGCAAUAUUUGAAGAGCUUGUAUUUUAUAUACAGUGAUAUUGCUUGUUAUUAAUUUGGUGUUAAGAUAUGACCUCCAAUGACAAAAAAAAAAAAAAAAAACAUAUUUUCACUUUUCUGCAAAAUUCAACAAACUGCACGAUUCCUGCUAAUUGAUUCCUGGAGAAGAUGGUCAGGAUUGUCCUGAUUUUAUGAAGAAUCCUCCUUUGCAACAUCGACUCCAGAGGUUCCAGAACAGAACCAGUCUUUUUCAGGACCACAGUGUGGAGUACACCCUGGACAGAUUGCCAAGCCAAUGGUUUGCAAAUAAUACAACAAAGUAUUUACCAGCUGUGGACUGCAGCCACCCCACGCAGAUGUAACCAAAGCUCUAACAUCUGCCAUGAACAGAGGGAGAAAAGGAAGCAGAGACCAGGAUUUUCCAUGGGCCCCCUUCCAAAAUGGGUUGCAGGGGCAAGGGCCUUGAGCCUCUCCCAGCUGUCACUGAGAGAAAGGCGGAGAACAAAUGGUGUAGGUCAUGAGUCCAUCACAGAACCAUCCCAGAUACACACAAGACAAACAGCUUUUAGGAUGAAAGUGUGCACAGUCACACCCACUGCUGAGUUCCAUGUCUUUGGCAAGGGGGCACCCACAGUUUACAAGGCUUGCCUUCAAUUUUACUCAUCAAACACUGGUUGUGUACACAGCCCAUUGAAGACAGAGAAAACGCAGCAGAACGUGACAAGAACAUCAAGUGUUUGGCUAUCUGGCCAGCCAAGGCAGAUGGCUGUCCAUUGAGUCAGUUUUGCUGGAGGUAUCUUCCUGUUACAAAGGAGCUCUCUUCUCUCCUGUCACCGCCCGGCCAUGCAGACACAGGAUGGGAGGGUUGAAACAACGUGAAGAUCUGAUGAAAUCUGGGGACCUCCUUUGUCACAAUGUCUGGUGAAGAUGGAGGACCCAAAUGCAAAACAGCAGAAAGAGUCGCAGCUGUAGAAGUGAAGCUCACACCUAAUUUCGAGCAUGAACUUGGCAAGUCAGGUGCAUGUUCUGGUGGCCUUGCUCACCUGUUUGGUCUUAUUAUGCAAGGCCCAGGAGAGGGACUAUAUCGUGAAGGAGGAGCAGCAGGAGAACGUUCGCAUUGGGAAUCUGCGCAAGGACCUCGACCUUAACCUGGACCCCAACAUCAGGCUGUCCUCUCCGCUGCAGUUCAAGCCUGUGUAUAAGACGGGUGACGUGCCUUUGGUGAGGGUCGAGGCCAACACAGGGGAGAUUUUCACCACCAAUCACAGGAUUGACCGGGAGAAGCUGUGCUCGGGGAUCUUCACGGAGAAACGCUGCUACUAUGAGAUCGAGGUGGCAGUGCUGCCUGAUGAGAUCUUUCGAUUGGUUAAGAUCCGGUUCCUGAUUGAGGAUGUGAAUGACAAUGCACCCCUCUUCCAGUCCACUGUAAUAAACAUCUCCAUCCCUGAAAACACAGCCAUCAACACCCGAUACCCAGUGCCAUCAGCAUUUGACCCUGAUGUGGGGAUUAAUGGAAUCCAACACUAUGAGCUGGUCAAGAGUGUCAAUGAGUUUGGCUUAGACAUCAUUGAGACCCCUGAAGGUGACAAGUGGCCACAACUCAUUGUUCAGCAGAAUCUUGAUCGGGAGCAAAAGGAUACCUUUGUGAUGAAGAUCAAGGUAGAAGAUGGUGGCAACCCCCCUAAAUCUAGCACUGCCAUUCUCCAGGUUACCAUUUCUGAUGUCAACGACAAUCGUCCUAUCUUCAGGGACAGUGAGCUGGAAGUCUCUGUUCCAGAAAAUGCUCCAAUGGGGACUUCUGUGGCUCAGCUUCACGCCACAGAUGCAGACCUGGGUUCCAAUGCACAGGUCCAUUUUUCAUUCAGCAACCAGAUCUCCUCCUCAACCAAGCGUCAUUUUGCCAUCAAUAGCUCUACUGGACUGAUUACUGUAAAGCAACCUCUAGACCGUGAGGUUACUCCUGUUCAUAAACUCAUUGUUCUCGCAAGUGAUGGCAGCUCAACCCCAUCAAGAGCCACAGUGAUUGUCAAUGUCACAGAUGUUAAUGACAAUGUUCCUUCUAUAGACACUCGCUACAUUAUCAACCUGGUAAAUGGGACUGUUCUACUGUCUGAGAAUGCUCCUCUCAACACCAAAAUAGCCCUUAUUACUGUUACUGACAAGGAUGCCGAUCUGUAUGGCAAAGUGGCUUGCUACACUGACCAUGAUGUUCCUUUCCGGCUUAAGCCUGUCUUUAAUGAUCAGUUCUUACUGGAGACAGCUGCCCCUCUAGAUUAUGAAACCACUCGUGAAUAUGCUAUUAAGAUAGUGGCCUCGGACAGAGGAACGCCUCCUUUGAACACUUCCGCUAUGGUCUUAAUUAAAAUCAAGGAUGAGAAUGACAAUGCACCCGUUUUCCCUCAGCCUGAAUUUCAGCUGUCAAUACCAGAGAACAAUGACCCCUUAAUGCAGUUAAUAAAAAUCAGUGCCACUGAUGCAGAUAGCGGACACAAUGCAGAGAUUAUUUAUACUCUUGGCCCUGAUGCACCGGAUGGGUUUAACAUAGACAGGCGAUCAGGAAUUCUCUCUGUUGGGAAACGACUGGACAGAGAGAAGCAAGAGAGGUACUCAUUCACUGUCAUAGCAAGAGACAAUGGCUCAGCACCCUUACAGAGUAAUGUCACUGUUAGGCUAAUUGUUCAGGACCUCAAUGACAACAGCCCAGCUUUCACUCACCCUGAGUACAACUUCUAUGUGCCUGAGAACCUGCCGCUUUAUGGGACAGUGGGCUUGAUCACAGUGACAGAUACAGAUGCUGGAGAUAAUGCUGUUAUCACCUUGUCUAUUUUGAACGGCAAAGACAAUUUCAUCAUUGACCCUCAAACUGGUGUGAUCAAACCAAAUAUCACCUUUGACAGAGAGCAGCAAAGCUCAUAUACCUUCAUGGUCAAAGCAGUUGAUGGAGGACAGCCUCCAAGUUCCUCCUAUGCCAAGGUCACAAUUAAUGUUGUCGAUGUGAAUGACAAUCGCCCUGUGUUUGUUAUUCCUUCCUCCAAUUAUUCAUAUGACCUGGUACGAACCACCACCUCCCCAGGUUCUGUGGUGACCAGAGUGUUUGCCAUUGACAAUGACACAGGUAUGAACGCUGAGUUGCAGUACAGUAUCAUCAGCAACAUCAUCAUCACAUCUAGGGUCUCCCCUCGAGGUCUCUUUUCCAUCGACAAAACAACGGGUAACAUAACACUCCAAGAGAAAAUUGUACUAGCUGAUCAGGGACUGCAUAGACUGGUGGUCAAGGUCAAAGAUUUAGGCCAACCUGAGUCAUUACAUGCUAUUGCACUUGUACACUUGUUUGUCAAUGACACUGUGUCAAAUUCUACCUUUAUCCAAGAGCAGCUGCGAAAAAGUAUGGAAACACCAUUGGAUCGUAAUAUAGGGGACAAUGAGAUAACGCCUCAAGCCAAUGGAUAUGUAAUUGUUGUUAUAGCGAUCAUAGCAGGAACCAUGACUGUUAUUUUGGUGAUAUUUGUCACUGCCUUGGUGCGCUGCCGGCAGACACCUAGACAUAAAGUAGUACAGAAAGGCAAGCAGAGUGGGGAGUGGGUGUCACCCAACCAAGAGAACCGUCAAAUCAAGAAGAAGAAGAAGAGAAAGAAGCGAUCUCCUAAGAGUCUUCUCCUAAACUUUGUGACCAUAGAUGAAUCCAAGCCUGAAGACCCCACACAUGAGCAUGUUAAUGGCACCCUGGAUCUUCCUGUAGAGCUUGAGGAGCAGACUAUGGGAAAGUACAAUUGGGCGACCACACCUACAACCUUCAAACCUGACAGCCCAGACUUAGCCAAGCACUAUAAAUCUGCAUCCCCUCAGCCUACAUUUCAAAUCAAACCAGAAACUCCAGUGGCCCCUAAGAAACAUCACGUGAUCCAGGAGCUCCCCUUGGACAAUACGUUUGUGGUGGGCUGCGACUCACUCUCCAAGUGUUCAUCGACUAGCUCCGACCCAUACAGUGUCUCAGAGUGCGGCUGUCAGGGGGGAUUCAAGGCUGCAGGGCAAAUCGCCACCCGGCAGAACCCCGGCCAGACACCAGAGAAGACUUUUAACUCCCCACCACCCAUUUGUCCUCAUAAGUCGCCAGAUCUCAAUCCAGUAGAGCACCUCUGGGAUGUGGUGGAACAGGAGAUUUGCAUCAGGGAUGUACAGUCAAGAAAUCUGCCUCAACUGUGUGAUGAAGCCUGUCAACUUGGCAAGAUAACCUCCGUGAAUCUUGACUCUGUGGUGAGAAAUAUGAGAAAUCUUUCUUCAAACCUGGAUUUCUCAGACAACUAUCUACUGCAGACACAACGUCGUGUGACCUUCCAUCUUCCGGAUGGUUCCCAGGAAAGUUGCAGUGACAGUGGGCUUGGGGACGCAGAGCCCAGCAGCACAGCCAGUGCCACCCAGCCUCUCCCCCUAAGCUUCCCCCAAGAGGAGUACUAUGAGCAAGCGUCACCUAAUAGUCGCACCGAGGGAGACGGAAACUCAGACCCUGAAUCCACCAUUGAAGUAAAUUUGAAGAAAGCUCUGGCCGAGGCAUCUGAGACCUGCACCCAGGAGUGUCUAAUACUGGGCCACUCUGACAGCUGCUGGAUGCCCCCAACCCUGGCCCAGUUCCAGAGCCCUGGCAGCAACAGCCCCACCUCUACCCCUACCACCACCACCAUCACUGCUGCGCUCUCCUCCUUUGGCUUCCAGGGAGUAAAAGCUAACAUAGGUGGCAUGGGGGUCAUGGAUGGCCGCCACACUCUGGGUAGAUCUGUGCCCAAAAGAGAUGAAUUGGACAAAGGGUUCAACCGACCACAGUUCUACAACACCCUGGAUAGACACUGCAGCAGUAAGAAGGAAGACCCAGUGAAGGUCAUUCCACUGGCAAGCUUCUCCUCGCCUGGGCAGCACACUCCCACUGGUGGCAGCAGCUCCUUCCUACAUGAGCACCAGCUGUAAUUCUAAGAGACAUAUCUUCACUGGCCUGACUUAGAGUAAAUAAAACUCCAUCUACAGAUGGCUUGAGACUUAAUGGUUGCUAUGUCUGCGUACAUGUACAAGUAUGCAGAAUUUCAGUAACUUUGAUCAGCCCAAGCUCAGUUUUACCAAUGAAGAGACAUGAGUAUGAAUGAAACCAUGAUAAUGAUGUUCAGACACAAUCAAAUGGAAUCAGUCCGACAGCAUAUGCAUUUGAAAGAAAAUGAAAGUCUCAAAUCAUCACAUGCUUGUAUUAUAAAUAAAAAGUAGUUGCAUACCAAAGUAGAUUAUUACAGGAAAAAAAGAGCUUUCUUUUGCUUUCUGUUAGGUGAUAUUUGCUUAGUGAUAAGAAAAAGGGUCCCACACACUUAAAGCUUCAGAGGCCCAGCUUACAGAGACGGUGUCCAAAAAGACCAAUUCCUGGCAAAGAUGCAAAUGCAGUACUUUGUGUUAUGAGUGAGCUAAAUCAGGCUAAAUGUUAAUUAUGAGCUCUGGGCUGGUGGUGUUUCUGUUUAAGUUCUAGUGAAGUAUUGCUCUUUAUACCAAGUGUAACAAGCUCCUUUGGCAGUGAGAGAUGUUGCUACCCGAACGUGUUUCAGAAGUCUAUUUUGGUCAGGGGACUGCAGAAGGGUUACAAGAGAGAAACAUCUACAAAGCAUAUCUAGGGCAAUGGAAGACACAUCUUAAUCUUUUACAUUCUACAUUUUCACCAUGGACCAGAAAACAAACAACUUUUUCAAAACAACACAAACUGUUUGCUCAUGCACAAAUGCACACUCACAAUGUUUUCCAUAUGGUGAUUGCAGCAUCACUGCCAACCCUAUUAAAUGUUCACUCCCAGCAUUACUGCAGUUGCUUGAUCUUGAAAGGCAAAAACAGAUGUGCUUUGGAAAAGUAGUUUUUUUUUUUUUUCUUUUUUCUCUUUGCUUUUUUUCCCUUUUGUUUGCAUUUUCAAUUUUUCUGCUCAGAAACCCUUCACAAACACAUCUAUGGAUGCAAUUAUGGCAUUCACAGUCUAAUUACUUUGAUGUGUGAUUUCCACUGUGAACCUUAUUGUGGUUAGGGAGCUUAAAGAGAUUUGGUUGGUAAUCCAGUAAUAGAUACAAGGGCAAAGAAAAAGGUGAUAAACGCUCAAAAACCAUAGUGUUAUAUUCCUCUUUUAUUCUUAUGGUAUUAACAAAAGCAUUUCACACAUCAAUUGUUGCAAGUUGGUGGGUUUCUAAGAUCAGCUUUUACAUUUUGUUGGAACUAGAAAAUAAAUCCCAGCCAGCUAGAAUUUUAACAGCAUUUGAAGUCUACCUGUAUUAUUUUACUUUGUGUUCCUUCUGCACUUAUUAUAAUAAACCCUGGGAUUUCUUUAAGAGGUGCCCCCAGAAGGUCAUUUCUCACACGGUUUAAAAUGACAUCUUUGCCCAAACAUGCAAAUUUUCUCUGAUAAUAACUACUUCUGACUAACUUGUAACAGAUUGGGUGCAGCAUAAUGUAUUGCCACAACAAUAAGUAACUUUGCUGAUAUCCAUUUUUUUUUCUGUACCAUCCGAACCAGGUGUCGACAUCAUCAGAUAUAUGACUCAUGCAAUUCAUUUUCUUGUAGCGUCUUGCAAAUUGGGAGCAGGCCUAAAUCUAUAACAUAGCACCAUAUCCUCGAGGGAAAAUGUGAGGCAAAUUGUGUUUGUAUGCUCUUAGCUAUUUUACUCUCUCGAAUAAUGCCUCUUAACAAUAUAAAGGAGAUUUAUUUGAUAUUCACUGAAAUGAUCACUUAAGGGGACAGUGUGUCAAGGACAAAGAAAGGGCAGUUCAAUUUCACCUCAGUCAAUUAUGAAAAUGAAUUGAAUUCAAAUCAGUCAACUUCGCUAUACCCUCCCAUACACAUCUGUUUGAGAAAAUCUCCCCAUCUGAGAACCCAAUUUCAGCUAAUUUACCAAUACUUUGACUUUCCUUCUAUCUUGUUCUACUUUCUUUUCUUCUCUCAUUGUUCUAGCAGACUGAGUGGUAUUCCUAAUGCAUUUUUAAUCAAAACGAUCGCAUAUCAAAGGGAGCAUACAUCAUAAUGUCAGAGAAAAUUGGAGUUUUAUCACUGUGCCAAAUGUAGAUUCAGCUCCACAUAUCAGACACCUGUAAUAUUUUAUACAAAAGUUGCCUGGAAAUAUUCAUAAAUAUUUUCAGUUUCUUGACACCUUUGAAUUUCCAUGGCAGAUAAAUCUGUUAAAACUCCCCACAAAAUUAUCAAAUAACAAUAAGAUUUUUUUUGAAGAGAGGCUUUAGAAAUUUUAUUUUGUUGAAUUGUUUAUAGAUACAUUGAAAAUGGUCCCUUUUCUUAGUCUCCCCACCCACAUAGCAAGACUAAAUCAAAGUUACAUGUAUUUCUAUGGCACAUUUAAAAACAACAGCACUUAACCAAAGUGCUGUACAGCUAAAAUAAUACCUUUAUUGAGACUAUAUUGAAUUGCCAAUCUACUAAGUUUAAAGAGCAUCAAUAACAAUCAUUCAUGUUCAAUAAAUAUUAACCACCUCUGGGGUGAGGCUGAAGAGAAAAUCUUGGAUGCGCAGCAACUGUAAGAUGCGAUCCUCUCAACGUUGAUAUUGUAUCAGAGGAAUGUUUUCAACAUUUUUUUGGACAUAGUCCACACUGAAUUAAGGAUGCUCCGGAGAUUAAAAAAAAGAGGUCCAACACUUUAUUAGGAAGGCUUACCUAAAAAAGUGGCCAGUGAGUGUGUGUGUAGUAUUGGUAUGUAAUGAUAUACCCACUAUCGCACUGUUAUGAAAAUUAGCUUAAACUGUCAAUAUCCAGUAACCUAUCUUAAGUAAACAUUACACUUCCUCCCUUCAAGUAUAACAAAUGAAGUCAAGAAUAUAAAUUAGUUCCAUGCAAAGCCCAAUUUGUAUGUUUCUUUUGUUCUUGAAAACUUGGCUGCAUUUGGUUUUAUCAUGUUGUUCCUUAUGUAUAUUGGGUGAUGUAUUUUUAUUUUUUUUUAAGCAAAGUCAUAUCAUUUGAAUGCCUAUUAUUAUUUUACAACAUAAGGCAGCUCUGGGGAACUGUUUUUGUUUCUGUGUCAAGAUUACUUUGUCUAUAGAAUUAUUGGAAAAGUCCAAAUGAUUAAUGGUCACAAGUUUUCACUUUGCAUGAUUGUGCUCUCACUGUUUUCAUAUUUUCUUUUGUCAUUUCACUGCAAAGACAAAAAACUGAAAAAUAUAUAUACAUAUAAAAAAAUAAAAAAAGCAGUCUUUCCUUUCUCACCAUGUACUUUAAGGGUGAGUGUUAUAGAUCACCAUGUCAACUCUGUGUCAUAGUUUGCAUGAACUGUUUGGACUCUGAAACGACAUUUUGACAUUUUGUGGACCAUGUGCUUCAUGCAUCCACAUCUUUAGAACCGGUAUCCGUGUAGAUAUUAACUCCUCUUCCUGUUCCUCCAUUUAAUGGAGCAAGACAAAUGUUAUACAGUGUACACAUUCAAAUCUUGUGAAGUUACCAUACCACAUAUACCUCUACAGAGUCACAAAUAUCUAUACAGUCACUUGAUCUGGAUUUGAAAUUGUAUAUAGCAGUACCCCCUAAGAAAUGAUGGUGGUUACAAACUUGAAAGACUUGAAAGAACUGGAAUUUACUUGGUUCACAACAAACAAAAAGGGAAAUACAUUGGAAGUUAUGAGAUGACAAUCUCUGUUGUAAUGUAAAUGACUACAUAUGCAUAAAAUUCAUUAGAUUGAAUGUGUUUAUAGGUGAUCUUGUGUAUUUGCAGGUGAGCAUGUGCCUCCUUGCAAGCGUACGAGCGUCUGUAUGAGUGGGUGAACUACCACACACCUUGCUGAACGAUUUUGUGUACACAAAUGUAUCUUGUACAAAAAGAAUAUAAAACAUGAUAGAAGACUUAAGUAUAUGCUUGUAAAUUAGUCAUCUGUGAGUCAGGUAAAGUUUGCUUUAUGAGACGGCUUCAAUGCUUGCCAGCAAAUCUGUAUUAGUCCGUUAAAGCUAUACGGUCUGUGUUGUCAUGCCUUUGUAAGAUAUCCACCUUAAUUCUAUGAAAAAAUACCUUGCUAUGAAUUUUAAUUGAGCCAUUAAAUAUUGAGACCUC